UCAUCUGACUGCAAGACAAGAGAGGAGAACAGAUCAGACCAUUUUCCCGAACUCAAAACCAGAACCAGAAACAUCUGGAGAGGGGGACGGAGAGAGAGAGCGAUCUGUUGGAAUUUACUGCUGUUCUCCACCACUUUUCUUCAACGAGUUGAGCCUGCUCAUAACUUUAAAUGCACUGGAAAUUCGUUUUUGUUUUGUGCAAGCUCAUAGUGGAAAUAUAGCUAAUUUAAAGGAUUUUACUCACUUCACUGUAGAGACUUUAUUUUUUAUUAAACCUCAUAGCCUAUAUCCACUUGUUGGAUUUCACAGCUGCAUGAUGUGGUUUUCAAGUGUUAGUACUGGUUUAAUAGCCCUUUUGUGCGUCGGCGCAGUUCGCUGCGCCUGGGAGAAGAGCACCGUGGUGCCGGUCAGGUUGGACCGGUCAGAGCGCAAAAGUGAACCAUGGCGGACUCUCUCCUCAGAGGAGAAGGAGGCGCAGACCAGGCUGUACCGCUUGGACGUUUUUGGAAAGCAGCUGGUUUUGCAGCUGGAGCCCGAUCAGACCUUCCUGGCGCCGGGGUUCGUCUUCCACGUCGUGGGUAGCCCCGAGUCCGUACCGGUCCGGGAAGUCGAAAGCGCCGCUGAGCCCGGCUGCUUCUUCUCAGGCACUGUGAACAGAGAGGAGCGCUCAGCCGCCGCGCUCAACCUGUGCCACGGACUCACCGGAGGAUUCUUCUUCCAGGGGGAGGAGUACUUCAUCCAGCCGCUAAACUCCAGCGAGUUCCUCCCGGGGAGAAAGGAGGAGGAUGUGCACAUGGUCCGCAGGAGAAACCGCGUAGCUUUGGCUCAGGAAGGGAGCUCCAAGUGCGGGGUCAGCGAGGACGAGGAGCGAGUGCCAAGAAAUCUGGAGCAGGAGGCCAGUCACGGAGUGCCUAACGCAGAGCAAACAGCCAACCACAGGACCAGACGCUUUGUUUCCACCCCACGCUAUUUGGAGAUCAUGCUGGUGGCCGACCAGUCCAUGGCCGAGUUCCAUGGUGCUGGACUCAAACCAUACCUUCUUACCAUCAUGGCAGUGGCGUCCCGUCUCUACCACCACCCCAGCAUCCACAACUCCAUCAGCCUGGCAGUGGUGAAACUGCUUGUGGUAUAUGAGGAGGAGCGAGGCCCUCAGGUGUCAAGCAACGCUGCCAUGACCCUCCGCAACUUCUGUCAAUGGCAGCGGCAGCACAACCCUCCAAGUGACCGCCACCCAGAGCACUACGAUACGGCCGUGCUCUUCACCAGAACAGAUCUUUGUGGAGCCCAUUCUUGUGACACUUUAGGGAUGGCAGAUGUUGGUACAGUUUGCGACCCUGAGAGAAGCUGCUCCAUCGUUGAGGAUGAUGGGCUGCAGGCAGCGUUUACAGUGGCACAUGAACUGGGCCAUGUCUUCAAUAUGCCUCAUGAUGAUGCCCAGCUUUGUUCAGGGGUCAAUGGCGCCCACUGGAGCUCUCACAUGAUGGCCUCCACUCUGUCCAAUCUGGACCAACAGCAACCAUGGUCUCCCUGCUCUGCCCUCAUGAUCACCAGUUUCCUGGACAAUGGCCACGGUCAAUGCUUGCUGGAUAAGCCAGUCAAACCUCAGUCGCUUCCCCAGCCUCUGCCAGGGAUGGUCUACAGCGCUGAUCAUCAAUGUCGCCUGACUUUUGGGGAGGAUUCCCAACACUGCCCAGACUUAAGUACCAUGUGUGCAGCUCUGUGGUGCACUGUGACCACAUCCAGUGGUUGGGUGGUGUGCCAGACCAAGAACUUCCCUUGGGCUGAUGGGACACCUUGUGGGCAUGAGGGCUACUGCCUGGCUGGACGAUGUCUCAAUAAGACUCUAGCUGCUGAACAUCAGACUUCGGUUAAUGGUGGCUGGGGCAUGUGGGGUUCCUGGGGUGAUUGUUCUCGAACCUGUGGAGGUGGGGUACAGUAUUCCUUUCGUGCUUGUGACAAUCCCUUACCGAAAAAUGGAGGCAAGUACUGUGAAGGCAAGAGGAUCCAGUACCGCUCCUGCAACACUGAAGUCUGCCCUGACACCAAUGGCCUGUCGUUUCGUGAGGAACAGUGUUUGGCCCACAAUGAUAUGUCGGCUCAAGUGUCAUUGGGUUCAGGCGAGGGUGUCGAGUGGGUGCCCAAGUAUGCUGGAGUUUCACCCAAAGACCGCUGCAAACUGGUGUGUCGGGCCAAGGGGACUGGAUACUUUUUUGUCCUCAAACCUAAGGUUGCUGAUGGAACACCCUGCAGCCCAGAUUCCACCUCAGUUUGUGUGCAAGGCCAGUGUGUCAAGGCUGGGUGUGAUCGUAUCAUUGGCUCUAACCGGCGCUUUGAUAAAUGUGGUGUUUGUGGUGGGGAUGGAUCUUCCUGCAAGAAAGUGUCAGGCUCUCUGGAGCGUGCCAGGCCUGGUUAUCAGGAUGUUGUAACUAUUCCUGCUGGUGCCACCCACCUGGACAUUAAACAGCGUUCUCCAACCAAUGGCCAUCAAGAUAAUAGCUACCUGGCAGUGCGUCGGCAGGAUGGAACAUACCUGUUAAACGGUGGUUAUAAACUAAUGACCAUGGAGACAGAUAUUGCCCUCCAAGGGGCGCUGUUGAGAUACAGUGGCUCUUCUGCCACCCUAGAGCGUCUCCGAAGCUUUGCCCCACUCCCAGAGCCCCUCACCAUCCAAGUAUUGUCUGUAGGCGAAGCCCCAAGGCCCCGAGUUAAGUACAGCUACUUUACCCCCAGACCCAACAAUGCUGCUUCAGCUUCUAUCAACGGAGGUCGCCGCCAUUCAAUUAAUGCCAUCCGGGAGUUUGGUGGAGCAGAGUGGACCCUCAGGGAGUGGGGUCCAUGUUCUCAGACCUGUGGAGGAGGUGGGCAACAAAGAGAGGUAGUGUGUUUGGACCCACAGGGACAUACAUCAAGAGACUGCCCCGAGGAGCUUCGACCUUUGGUCUCACGGUCCUGCGCCUCCCAGUCGUGCCCUACCUGGCUUCCAGGCCAAUGGUCAGAAUGUUCCAAGACCUGCGGCCGGGGCUUUCGCAAGCGGCCGCUGCGUUGCAUUGGGCAUGACGGACACACUAUAAGCCUUGACAACUGUGACCCCAAAGACCGCCCACGACCACUGCUGGAAAUGUGCAAUCAGAGGGCCUGCUAAUGAUUGCAUCUACAAUCUUAACCCCUUCCAUUGCAGAUUUUUGCUACAAAAAACUCUUAUUUUUUCUACAUUAUUUUCCCACGGACAAUCUAAUGAGGUCAAUGAAUGUUUACAACCAGGGCUACACAUAAGUCCACAACUGUUGUGAUUGUAACUGCCAAUACUUAACCAUUCUCUCCCGAGCCCCGAAUGUUGAACAAACGUGGCAGCGGCAAAGACUGACCACAUCUUUACUCCUAUUCUGUCAACAGUGGCACAUCUUACCUUAAUUUAGCAGGAAAGAGCUGCUUACCAUGCUACAUCAUCCUCGGUGUGUUAGCGUGAGUGCUUGUGUGUCAAAAUAUUUUGAUGCAUAUAUAUCAUGAUUGUCUAAGCUGGGCUGGACAGACCAAUAAGAUUUAGUGUAGAGGGUGAGGUACAGGGUUGCUAUAUUAUGUAUAUAAAGAAGAAUAUCUCAUCUACUUGCUCACCCCAUCAGGUAUGGAAAACAAGAUAGCUCAUAGUCUUUAUGUUCAAAACCGCAUUUAUUUAUCAGAAACCUGAAGCACUUCAACUUUGUAAUUUUUUUAGUUUUUUGGCACAUCAUGUUACCAAGCUUGUCUAAAUGCCUCAGAACUUUGUCUCUUAGCCAUAUCUUGCCUUCAUGUACACAGCCUCUAAUGAGGGAGCUCAAAAGACCAAAGAGGAGAGUGUGAAUUUAUGUAUGUGUGUGUAAGUGUGUGUGUAGGUGUGUUUGGAGACCUAAAGAGGGACUUGUCUCCUGCUACUACUUCAUAAAGAAGUCUCUCCUGCCUUCUGCGAAGGCUUUGUGUUUCAUGCGUUCUUUUUUUUCUUUUUGUAUAGAAUAUACAAACGUUAUUUAUUUUUGUACAGCCUGUUAAAUAUAAUCAUUUGCCUUUAAAAAAAAAAAAAAAGAUUACUAUUUUUUAUUGUAAGUGAGAUCACAGAAGGAUGUAGAUUAUAUAGAGUAUUUAUACAGUUUUAUAAAUAUAUAUAUUUGGUCCUAGAUUCAUGAAUAAAGCAUCACCUUGACUUGUUCA